CUUGAAUGACAUCAGCACCUUUGUUUACUACCCGGGUGCAGCAGCUGCUAAAGCUACGUGUGCUUUGUUGAACAUUUCAGAAUACCUCAGCUCAGCUUCCAACGAUACUGUUUUCCACACUAGUUGGAAACGUUUUUUUUUCUCUCUCUGGUUAAUAUUUAGGUAGCUUCCUGGAGAGCAUGUCGUCAAACGCAGCUGUACAGGACUGCACAGAUGCGAGGCGGGACAAUGGAGAACAAUCAGCCGGGUCUUUGUCUGCCUCCAGUACCAUGGACGUUGAUGCCAAAUCCUCCUCUCACAGCUUUAGAUACAGUCUCAACUUUCCCUCCAUCGGCCAGUGCAUCAUCAUCAACAACAAGAACUUUGACCGAACCACAGGCAUGAAUCAGCGAAAUGGCACGGAUGUGGAUGCAGCCAAUGCAAUGAAAGUUUUUUCAAAGUUGGGCUACAAAGUGAAGGUUUACAAUGAUCAGACGGUGGAUCAGAUGAAACAGGUUUUAAUAGCCGCGUCAAAGGACGACCACAGCCACUCGGCCUCCUUUGUCUGCAUUCUCUUGAGUCACGGAGACGAGGGCGUGUUCUUCGGCACCGAUGGCUUCGUAGAGCUCAAGUACUUGACGUCGCUUUUCCGCGGCGAUCGCUGUAAAACACUGGUGGGAAAGCCCAAACUCUUCUUCAUCCAGGCCUGCAGAGGCACUGAGCUGGAUGGAGGCAUCGAAUCAGACAACCCAGAUGACGGCACUACAAAGAUCCCCGUGGAAGCAGACUUCCUCUAUGCCUUCUCGACAGCACCAGGCUACUACUCAUGGAGGAAUACUAUGAGUGGAUCUUGGUUCAUGCAGUCGCUGUGUGAAGCUAUCAGCAAAUAUGGAAAAGAAUUGGAGAUCCUGCACAUCAUGACACGAGUGAACCACAAGGUGGCAGUAGAGUUUGAGUCUAUCUCCAAUUCCCCAGGCUUUCAUGCAAAGAAACAAAUUCCCUGCAUUGUGUCCAUGCUGACCAAAGAGAUGUACUUUUUCUCUUGAUUUAGCCAUAACAUGAGAACGCUGAAGCCUGGUUGUCAUUCAUCUGCCCAGGAAAGCCUUUGGGGUGUGUCAUCUUAAAUGUGUCGUUCGAAAUGAAUAUCACAAAAAUGACACAUUUCCAGAGAGCAGAUGUGAUGCAACACAGCAAUCUCAUUUCACCAGCUUGGCAUUAUAAGGUUCUUACUUUGUGGAGUUUAUGUGGCAUAUGCAUGCUUCGUCUCUUUAUGUCAGCAGCCGGUGCUUCAACACACGUUACCUGGAAAAAAAGUUAUUUUUAACGCUUUUUCAUAAGAACCCGAACACUUCAGGAUCUUCUGACAAAAAAAAAAACAAUGGGUUCAUUGAGUUGUAAUGUUUCAGGGUAGAACUAUUAGAUGCAUCUUUGCUAUUUAAAGUACACAUUUCAGAGAAAUAUUUCUGGAGCCAUUUUCUUUCAAUAUUGGGAACCUGUUGUAUUUGUGUAAUCAUAGAACUAAUAAUGAGCUUGACAUAUUUCUCAAUCACUGUUGCAUUGUAAGAUGAGUGUAUGAGUGGGUUUGCUACGAUAAUGUAACGUAACAUUAAUGUUUUGCUCGCCAUUCAUCUUAUUUUCAAUGUGUUAUGUCUCCUCUGCCCUUUCAGUGUGAGUUCACCAGACUCGCUGAGCAAUCCAAAUGUAAUGAGCCAUUCUCUGGAUUAGUUUGAUAAGUGAUGAGCUCACCUGAACUCGGUUAGUAGGUUUAUUUGUGGUAAAGUAAGGAAAAUCUUGUUAUUUGACAUGUAGGCAUGAAACUAAGAACUUUGAGCCUUUUACACUUUCAACAUGUGUGUGUGUAGACUUUUAUCCUGUUUACCUUCAGUGAAUGGGAUCUAAAACAGCAGAGUAAAGGCUGACUGAUCUCUGCAGCCAUUCAUUCUUAAUGCUCAUCCUCAUAUUCCAUUUUGAGUUGUGAUUAAAUAUCCAAGCUGGCCUCAAAUGGAAAAUGUUUAGGAUAAAAAAAAAAACUAAAAAGAAACUAUUAUAUCAGGAAAAGAGCUCUGGGGCUUAACUGACCAAUAUGAUUAGAAUAAUAAUAAAUGUAGUCAUUGAUAUUCAGACUUAAAAUGAAUUAUCAGGGUUAUUCUUUAAAAUGUUUUUUGUUUAAUUUGUUUUAACAGUUGAUCCAACUGAACAACUAAAGUAAUUUGAAUAUGUUAACUUGAGAAGAAUAAUGAUGUGGCUUUCUCAAUUAACAUUUAGCCAUUUGGAUUUUAAUUUGUUAAAGUGAGCUACUUGAAAAAGCUUUUGUUAAAGUUAAAUAAAUGUGUCUGGCCUUAAAGGUGUUGUGACAUUAAGAAAAUAAGGGGGGGGGGGUGGACACCCACAUGUGGAAAAUCAAUCCAUGCCACAGAUUGUACAUGGCUAAAAAAAAAAAAAAAUGAUAUAGGAUUUCAGAAGUACUGUGUUGUUUAACUCAGGUUUUUACGGACCAAUAUUCUUUUUCUUAUUGUACUGAGGGGGUUUUACCUUUUGGAUCACACAAAACACACUCUGCUGAUGUUCUGAUCCUGAGCUGAGGUUGUUUGUGUAAAUGGGCAGUUACAGCCAGUAAGCUGUAGGGUUUUUAAAAUGUUGAAAUCAUUUUUAGACCUGGACAAUCUCACAAUGCAGGUUUUCUUAUACAAAAGCUUGAUGUGAACAUUUUGGGGGAAUUUCUUCUACAACUGUUCUUUACACAGUGUAUUUUGAUCUUAGUGUCUUUUUUCACCUGAAAAAUAAAGAAACACUCCCACUUGUUUACUAUGAAGCAGUGGA